ACAAAGUAUGCAUGCUUCGGAGAUGCUAGGCAAUUAUCAACAGCGGUGACGACUGGACAAAUUUUUAAUAUAAAAUAGCACUAUACAUGUAUGCAUUUUGAGAUUGGUAUAAUAAAUAUUUAUCGUAAUAUACGCGUUGGUAACGCUCUUCAUUGACAGACCGUACCUGUUGCGUUUUAUUCGAUUUUUGCGAAACAGGUCGAUCAAACAGCGACAUACAUGACGUAGAGGGCUAGUAUCGCGAGCAAAGGGUUGGUUAUCUCGGCGUCGUUGUUGUUUCUGUGCGAUGGAUAGACAGCCGAGAUAGAUAGACGGAAAAAGAAGGAAAGUCGGGGAGAUCAGCGUCGACAUUGUUGCCGAUGACGGCAGCGAAGGAGGAUCUUCUUCUCGCAUCCGCCCCUAUGAUUAUUAUUUGCUGAGAGUCAUAAAUAAUAAAGGAGAUUACGUAGGUCGGUAGCCGGUGGUGAUGGUGUAAUUGAAUCAAAAUAAUGUAGAGGUAUCGUGUUGUGCACUCCGACCAAUCAUAACUCAGGUGAGACCAUCUCCUCGCGGCACGGUGAGAGAAGACAAGAAUGAGGAGGGGAGGGAAGGAGGGAAAUAUGCGCACCGAGGGUGCCUCUAUAUAAAGGGUGUCAUCGCCAACCCCGGACACCCAUUCCACCACCAACCGCCACCAAACCACGCCGCAAACCACGCCGCCUGCUAUUCGUCGCAUUACGUUCUUUCUACUUGGACACUACUUAUCUCCGCAAUUUUGUCUCCCGGUCGCCCUGCGCAUCAAGAAGUCGAAAAGCAGUCGACAAAAUGAUUGCAUUCUGGGCUUUCAAUGCAAUGGCAUUUCUCUGUAAUUGGAUGCUCGUAUCAUCUUCGGUGCUAACGCCGUUGAAGGACGACGGUACCUUGAGGAUUUUCAAGGAGUCACCAAAUGAAUUCGAAUACGUGAUAAAGAGACACGGCAUCAACGAGCGUAAAGAGGAUACUGAGUCUAAAGAGAGACGCAGCACUAUGGGUUCCUCCUUCAUCAGGUUUGGACGCAGUCAGUCUGCCUUCAACAGUGUCGAUAAUUCUGUCUUCGAGGGAGAAACCGAUUCGAAGGUCAGCAGGCAUCCCCGAUGGAAGUCACCGGACAUCGUCAUCAGGUUUGGCCGGUCUAACAUCAAAGCUAUUAACAGCGAACAACUGCUCAAACGCGGGCGAAACGAUCUCAAUUUUAUCAGAUUUGGUCGUAACGUACAAGUUGUGCCGGCCGAUCUCGACCUAUCUGAGGUGUGCUCGGCGCUUAUUUCGAAUGGCGUGGUCAACGACACGGAAUUACAUCCGGAUGUGUCGCGACUGCUCCGUCUUUGCAACGGCUUAAAUAAGAUAACCGGCGAGAUCAGUUUGGAUGGAACCUCGGAGAGCCAGGACAGCCCGAGCCGUCAUGAGUGAACCGGCCUGUUGCUGUUGUCCGAACUCGUCCGAGAUCCGAGAUCGUCCCCAUGUGGAUUCGUCCUGCGGAUUCGAUGCCGGAUGUCAACGAGGAUUCGUAGCGCUCCAGUUUGUCGAACCGAUUUGAUCGCCAUGACCGAACUGAAUUUGGCUUUGAGAUGACGGCCGGAUCGCGUUCACUAUCAGCACGGAUUUGUACUUAUAAAGUGGAUCUCAAACGCGUCAACUUGUUAAACAAAUUGAAAAUGAUUAUUCGCCUGUUGCAAUAUUAUACAAAAACAAUAAGAUUUAUUUGGAGAAAGUUAGAAACUCUGGUCCUAGUUUCUUUGCCAAGCUAAACGAGUUAUAGAUUGUUCGUUCAAAAAUACAAUAUUAUACUAAUCUGUAACUAAUUUUCUUAUGUGUAAACUUAGCAUUAUGUCUUUUGUGAGAUAUAAAUUAAAUUGAUGGAACCGAUAAUUUUUUAUUUAAUAUUGAUUUAAUUGUUGAUCUGAUAUAUUAUAUGUUACAUGUUACAUAACAGAAUGAAACAAUUGGUUUUCUUCAAUCUUUUAGUCAUCUGUGAAAAAGCUUCUUUGAAAUUAUCAAGUUACAAAACAGAAAUUUAAUACAUUAUUCUAGCUUAUUUAUUUCUGUUAUUAGUUCUAUAAAAGUGUUCCUUAAAACCGAGAUGUGAUCAGUUGUUCAUUUAUAAUUCCUCUUGAUUUUAUUGCAAAUGUAUUUGCAAUAAAAUGCAAUGCCUUUAUGCUGGAUAUAUACACACCUAUAUUUGUAGUUAAAGGAUUAAACGGAUCUCUUGUGUA